AUGGGGAUGUGUAAAGACUUGACAAAACCAAUGCAACAUCACGUGACUGUGAUUGCAGCAUCCACUGAAUGUGUGGUGACUCUGAGAGAGUACAGGAACAGAGAGCUUCAAGAGACCCUGGAAACCCUCAUCCGCCAAGCAGAGAAUUACACCAGUAUCCUUUUUUGCAACACCUACCGGAACAUGGCCUUGGAGGCUGCUGCUUCUAUCCAGGAGUUUUUCACCGAUGUAGGGCUCUAUUUAUUUGGAGCAGAUGUUAAUCCUGAAGAAUUUGUAAACAGAUUUUUUGACAGUCUUUUCCCUCUGGUCUACAACCAUCUCAUAAAUCCUGGUGUGACUGACAGUUCUCUGCAAUACUCAGAAUGCAUCCGAAUGGCCCGCCAGGAUGUUAGUCCGUUUGGCAAUAUUCCCAAAAGAGUCAUGGGGCAGAUGGGGAGGUCCCUGCUGCCCAGCCGCACAUUUCUGCAGGCCCUUAACCUGGGCAUUGAAGUCAUCAAUACCACGGACCAUAUGCACUUCUCCAAGGACUGCAGUCGAGCCCUCUUGAGGAUGCAGUAUUGCCCGCACUGCCAGAGCCUGACGCUCAGUAAGCCCUGUAUGGGGUACUGCCUCAAUGUGGUCAGGGGCUGCCUGGCUCACAUGGCCGAGCUUAAUCCACACUGGCACGCUUACAUUCGGUCCUUGGAAGAGCUGUCCGAGGCAAUGCAUGGGACCUAUGACGUAGAGCACGUGCUGCUGAACUUCCACUUGCUGGUCAAUGACGCGGUACUGCAGGCGCACCUCAAUGCGCAGAAGCUCCUGGACCAGGUGAAUAAGAUUUGUGGCCAUCCAGUGAGAACAGCUACACAGAGCCCCCGCUGUACUUUUGAUCCAAGGAAAGAGAAGCACGGGAUGAAGGUCUCUGCAGGGAAUGGUGAGGAGACACUUGCCAACAGAAGAAAAGAGUUCAUCAACAGCCUUAGACUGCACAGGUCUUUCUAUGGUGGCCUGGCUGACCAGCUUUGCAUUACUGAGUUAGCUGCAGCUGAAGGCAGGCCCUGCUGGAACGGGGAGGAUGUAGUUCAAAGCUAUGCUCAACGUGUGGCUGGAAACGGAAUGAAAGCCCAGUCUGGAAAUCCUGAAGUCAGAGUCAGAGGAGCUGAUCCUGUGGUGAAUCAGAUCAUUGAUAAACUGAAGCACGUUAUCCAGUUGCUACAGGGUAGAUCACCCAAACCCAACACAAGGGAGCUGCUUCAGCCGGGCAGUGGUGGAGGCAUGCUGGAGCAGUCUAGUGGAGACUGUGAUGACGAAGAUGGCUGUGGGGGAUCAGGAAGUGGAGAAGCCAAGAGGACACUAAAGGUCACAAACUUGGACUUCCCUGCUGUAGCUAACAUCCAUGUGAUGCCAGUCCUCAGUCAGAACACAGGCUCGCUGUCAGUGUGUGUGGCCCACCUGGAUGUGUGCCUCUGACAACUUCCCAAAGCCUGGGAUACCUCUGUCUCCAAUAUCACAAGAAAUUGUGGUUAUUAGCAGAUGCCUGAAAUAAACCCUGUACCUCUUGAAAAGCGUUCACCAUCAGAACUGCAGUGUACCAUCUCUUGUUAUAUUAAAAUAAAUUAAGACAAAACCCAGUUUUAAUUUA